UCUCAUAUCGUAGCAAACAGUUGGACGGAGCGGGUCAUCCGAGAGCGAGCUCGCGUAGAAAAAGAAAACAACACUGGGUGUGUCGUCGUCGGUGUGUGUAUAGAAUAACGUACGUGCGCUAAACAGGGAAACCAUCUACCAAACCGUAGAGAGAGCGUAGUGCCAUUUUUUUGUGGUUAUCUUGUUUGUUUCAAUUAUAAUACUGCCGGGUGAUUAUACUACUACUGCACGUGAUGUGCGAACGACGGGUUCACGAUCAAGGAUAGCUUCUUUCAGUGUGUGCAAACAAGGCCGACAGGAUGUAAAUCAUCAUCUCCCCGACAUCGGAAAACAAGGACAAGGUUUCAGUGCGUGUGUGUGUGUGUGGUUGAGUGUGAAGUGAAAGAAAACAGCUGAACAAAACACACCCACCCCCACCCCCAACAAGGACGUGAGCGAUCAUUCACAUUCCGAGCGUCAAGUGCAGCGAAAAAUAAUCAUCUUUAAACGGAAAUAUUCCAUUCCAACAGGAGUGUGGUUCGAGGGGGUUGAGGCGUGACGUAAAUACUACUUGUGGGCCGUGUGUGUCACGUGUGACAGCCCCGAAGUAGACAACGAAGCAGUCUCUGUGUGUGUGUGUGUAGUGCGCGGAGUGUUUAUAAAGUUUUAAAGCUACAAAGCAGCAUUUGUUUUGUUGGGUAAAGCCUUAGAAAAAAAACAAGUAAAAAAAGGGAUAGAUUUUCUUGGUGAUUGUGAUAGGAGGAAACCAGCAAAAACCAACAACAACGACAUCAAUUUCGCAACCUCCAAAGAUGAAUCUAUCGUUCGCCGGGUGCGGAUUCCUCGGCAUCUACCAUGUCGGUGUGGCGGUGGCGUUCAAGAAGUACGCGCCGCAUCUGCUGCUGCACCGGAUCAGCGGUGCGUCGGCCGGUGCCCUCGCCGCCUGCUGUCUGCUCUGCGACAUGCCGCUGGGUGAAAUGACGUCAGACUUCUUCCGCGUUGUCAAUGAGGCCCGGUCCCACUCGCUCGGCCCGUUCAGCCCGCGGUUCAACAUACAGACCUGCCUGCUGGAGGGGCUGCAGAAGUUUCUGCCGCCGGAUGCGCACGAGCGCGUCAACGGCAAGCUGCACAUCUCGCUGACCCGCGUGUACGACGGCAAGAACGUGAUCGUGUCGCAGUUCAACAGCCGGGAGGAUCUACUGCAGGCUCUACUGUGCGCGUGUUUCAUACCGGUGUUUUCGGGCCUGCUGCCGCCCCGCUUCCAUGGCGUGCGCUACAUGGACGGUGCGUUCUCCGACAAUCUGCCCACGCUGGACGAGAACACGGUCACGGUCAGCCCGUUCUGUGGCGAGAGUGACAUCUGCCCGCGCGACAACAGCUCGCAGAUGUUUCACGUCAACUGGGCCAACACCAGCAUCGAGCUGUCGAAGGAAAACAUUAACCGGUUCGGGCGCAUCCUCUUCCCGCCGAAGCCGGAAAUACUGUCCUCGUUCUGUCAGCAGGGCUUCGACGAUGCGCUCAACUUUCUGCACCGCAACAAUCUGAUCAGCUGCACGCGCUGCCUGGCCGUGCAGUCGACGUUCGUGGUCGCGGAGCAGCCGUCCGCCAGCCUGGAGGAGAAGAUCCUGGAGGAGUACGAUCCGGAGUGUAGCGAGUGUCAGGAGUGUACGCAGCACCGGAAGAAUGCGCUCGUCGGCAGCAUGCCGGACAAUGUGCUGACCGUGUUCCAGACGUACAUCGAGCAGGCGAACAAGGGUUUGAUCAACUGGGUGUUUCGGCACAGGGGCGGCAAGCUGCUGACGGCCCUGUCCUUGCCGGCAAUCCUGCCCGCCGACAUUGUGUGUGCCACGCUGACGAAUAUCGUUGGUGGCAUAAUCGAGCAGCGACAGUUCCGCUACCAGGUGCUCGGCAAUGUCGUCUGCCCGACAGAACGUCCAACAGUUGGGCACCGCCAGCACCACCACCACCACCGGCACCACCAACAGCAGCACCACCGUACCAAAUGUUGUAACCAUUUUGUAUGCUCCUCCUCUUCCUCCCCGUCUCGAACGAUCGUUCCCCUUCCGUUUCCUCUCGACAGACUGGCAACGUUGGCCGUCCCCGAUCGGAUGCGCUUCCUGGCGCAGCUCGAGAACCGUCUAGCGUACCGGCUGAUGGGUGCCGCACCGUCGAUAGGCAAACAGAUCUGGGCGAUGAGUGAGUUUGUGCUGAAGAACCUGAACACGAUCCUGCUCCGGGUGCGACGGCGACAGAAGCAGCAGCAGCAGCAACUGACCGCGAACCUCCAGUGCCAGAUAGCGCUUACCGAGUACAACCAGAGCCAGCAGCAGCAGCAGCUGCAGCAGCAUCAUCAGCACAGCCAUCGCAGUUCAAUCAUCGACAUGCGAAUGGAGGACGGCAAACCAUUCGGCAAAGAAAUUACCCCCAGCUACAGCUCCGCCGGGCAUCAUUCGGCGAUGGGCGACCUCGAUACGUUCGAUCACAUCCUGCAGGUGUCGUCGCACCACGACGCCAUGUACGCUUACUACUAUAUGGACGAAGACAAUAAGGUUAAGGUGACGGAGAUAUUCGACAUGAGCGAAAGCGACAAUCCUGCCCUGCAAACGGCCAACGAGCUCGAGGCGAACCAGCAGCUGGAGUUCGAUACCGACUGGGAAACGACACAGCCAGAUUUCCUCUACGCCAACUCGUACGGUGGAGACAAUAUAAUUGACAUCGAAGAGUUUAUCGAUCCCAGCGUCUUUAUGAGCGGCAACCAUCAUCAUCUCAUGAGCGGCAAUAACAACAACAACAACAAUGGUACCAGCGGAGGCCCCAACACACUGUCCCAGUAUCCGAUCAACCCGUGGGAAUGCUCGCAGGUCGAAAUCGAGGAGCUGUCGGCGGACUUUAACGAUCCCUCGCUCGAGCCGGAAGCGGACCAGCAGACGAGCCUGAUGUCGGAGUCGGCCACCCUGCUGCUGAGCAAACCGCCCUCGUCCUACUCGAUCGAGAUGUAAAUCGUGUGUCGGUACAGAGCCAGACUUUUUCUGAUGGCAUGAAACAGAAAACCUAAGCGGCGCGCGCGCCCGACGCGACAAAUGGCGCAGGCAAAGGAGAAUCGGGGGUGCCUUACCUACUACUAGUACUACUACUACUACUAACACUGCUACUGCUGGCUCUCGUCUGGACGAGACAAGAUGUGGGGCCGCUUGGCACUCCCACGAAAGCAAAAUCGUGCAACGGAAACGUGUUACCGGAAUGAUAUUACCAUUUAGUAGCGACCAAAGUUACCUUUUCUUGAGGGUGGCGCAGUGGCCCCACCGCGCUCCCUUCCGUGCGUGCCUGCCGUGGUGUGGUGGAGGCAGUAAGCUUCAAAAGCCAAAGCGUGACGCCAAGAGAGCAAACCGACCAGCCCCGCGCGUGUGCCAUUGCUCAUACACUCGAUUGGCGCGUGAAAGAGAGAGAGAGAAAGAUACGCGGGACCAAAAGCGCGGAGACUUCUCACCAUAUCAAAAGACUUAGCAAACGUUUACAUAGAGAGAAACAGAUACACUUACACGCCUACAGAGCGCGGAUUAGUAGAGGAGCCACGGUUUUUUGGAAACGAUAAUAGCUGCAAGCGCUGAACUAGUAGGAAAGGUAUUUUGCACGUAGGCAGGAACCUAUCGUAUUUUGCUCUGGUGACGGUCAGUUGAGGCUCAAUCGAUCUACGGUGUGUAGUGCGUGGUGUAUAGGGAACCACCGGAAGCGUACCUAGAGUAUUGUGUUGUAUUUUUGUGGAAUCGAGCAUGCAGCGCCAGCCUUUACCAAAACAGAUUGUCUGAGGACGAUCUGCUAGCGCUGAAGAUGGCAUGAUCGGACGAUCGCGUAAUAAUGGUGCAUAGCUAAUUUUAACCCUUAGAAUUAUUUUUUAUUCUAUCUCCCUUCUCUCUCUCACACACACACUCUCUUUUUAUCAUUCAAUCAUUCUCUGUACAAUAUACCAUUCUCCCUGCUGGUGUGGAGAAUUUUUAAGUGUAAAAAAUAAUCGCAAAAAAUCAUACAAAAAAAAGAGAUAAUAAUUCGUACACAGCUUAAGACAGCUUGCAAAAGAGGCAACUUUUAACCGAGAUGUGAUUUAUGGUGGUUGCGUGUGUUAUGGUUCUUUAGGUUAGCGCGAACGCGAUCGAUUAAUUUAUCAUCCCUUCCCUCUUUCGCUUUGAAACGCUCCUCCCUUUCCAACUCGUCGCCACCGAAUGAUAUUAGACCAAGGGGGCUCGCAAGGGGGGUUAAGUGGUAUCGUUGUGAGGUGUGCUAUAGCAGCGAGCGAUAAAAGAACAAAACAAAAAACCGCGAUUUUCACAAAAAGGCUGUGCAAUAGAGAGAAGAAAAACAAAGCUGUUUUGUUUAAAUUAAUCGUGAAAAGGGGGUGAGACGAGGCGAAAUGGAAGGGCGGCAGAGUGUGGCUGUGCGCCAAAAGGGAGGUAGUUAUGCUUUAAACUUUUUUGCUGGUGUGCUAGAAGGAUGGGGGUGUGCACUCUGUUGCCAUGAGGGAAGAGAACAGGUUUUUGUUUUGGAUUUUAAAAAGGACCUCGUGAGUUAGACCAGAAUCGGACAAGCAAGAAGGCGAAAGCAAGAACGACAAGAGAGGGAGGAAACCAUUAUGUGUAUUUUUACAAAAAAAAAGAAAACAGAUUUAUAUGUGUAAAAUUAAACGAUCCUUUUGUGUCCCACCCAGUUCCUAGCGCGAGGGAAAAAUGUGACAGUUUGUUUAUUUAUAUGUACGGUUGAAACUAAGUGCUAGGUGUAUUUUGCGAAAAUAAAGAAACGCCAAAAGUAA